AUGUCCGGCUUUGAUCAGUCGCACAAUGGUGCCUUCUUCAACUUCAACAACCUCACAUCACAACAGCUCAACAUGUUGCGUCAACAGAACCACAUGCAACAAGCUGUCCAGAUGCCACAACAGCAGCAGCCGCAACCACAGCCGCCACCUCCGGCCCAACCUCAGAUGCAGCAAAGAAAUCCUAUCAUGUCUCAGCUCGGCGGCUUGCCUCCUGGCUUCAAUCAGCAGCAGCUCCAGGCCUUCAUGGCACAGCAGCAGUCACAGCUUGCCGCCAAUGGCAUCCUAGGCAAUAAUCAGAACCCACUCAUGCAGAUCAUGCGUCCUCAACAGAUCAUACAGCCCCAGCCACCUCAGCAGCAGAUGCAACAGCAACCUCAGCAUCCAAUGCAGCCACAACAACCCCAGCAGCACCCACAAUUGCAGGCUCAGAUGGGGCUUCAGCAACCUGCCACUUUGCAACCUGCUCAUCUUCAACAGCAGCCACAGCAAGCUGCCAACAUGGCUGGCACUUCUCAGUUGGGCGGCUUGCGGCAGCUUAUCACACGGCAACAGGCCAUGCAGGCGCAGCAGCAGGCAGCUCAGAACCAACCCGCCGGUGCAAGGCCUUCACAGCCUGGUCAGCCUAUGAUGAACAUGCCCAAUACCAAUGGUCAGAACUUUGCCAACCUGCAGAGGACACCUCAAAUGCAGGCAGCGGCACAGAUGAUGGCUGGUCUUCAGCAGAUUCGUCCCGCUGGACCACAGUCGACACCCACUAUGGGCUCUCAGGCCUUCUUACAACCAUCCGCGCCAGGUCAGCCGCAGCAGCAAUCGCAACAACAGCCACAACCGCCACAACCGCCACAGCAGCCACAGCAGCCACAGCAGCCUAAUCAGGCACAAUCUUCACCUCAAGUCUCCUUGCAAGGGCCAGGUCAGAUCAACCAGCAGCAGGUGGCGCGUGCCCAGACACCACAGCAGAUGCCAGGAAUGCAGCAAAACACGCAGCAACAACAACAGCUUAUGGGCCAACAGCCAGGUCAGCCAGGGCAGCAGCGACCCCUUGCCGGUCGACCGGAACCGACUCCCGAUACCCGAAACCAGCAAAAUCCGCUCAACUUCUUGCGUCUCUUGCAUCAGCGUGUCACUGACAUUGAGAGCAAGCUCAACUCGGAUCUCAGCGCAGAGGAGCGUCAGAUGGUGCAGCAACAGCAUGCCGAGGCCAAGAGGCUCCAAUCUGCUUUGCUGCAACGCCUUAACGUACAGAAUGCCCAGCAGUUUGCAGCACUGAUGCAGCAAGGUCAGCAAGGGCAGCAAGGUCAGCAAGGUCAGCAAGGUCAGCAAGGUCAGCAAGGGCAGCAAGGUCAGCAAGGUCAGCAAGGUCAGCAAGGGCAGCAAGGUCAGCAAGGGCAGCAAGCUUCCAACGCACAGGCGAACCAGCAGCAGCAGCAGCAGCCGCCCCAGCAACAGGCACAGCAGCCCCAGCAAGUCCAACAGCAGCCCCAGCCAUCACAAGGCGUCGGCGUGAUGGGCAACCCCAUGAUGGGCAACAACACUCCUGUUCAGCCUCAUGCUUCUCCCGUCAUCCGACCACCCAACAGGCCAGGGUCUGCCCGACCGCCACAAGGACAGUUCGGCAGCCCUAUGCUCAACCAGCAGACUCAGAAUGCGCCGCAGAUUCCACCACAACAAACAUCUCAGGUGCAUCCCUCGCCGCAGAUGGGAACUAUGAACAUGGCAGGUCAGCCUGGCAUGUCUGGCCUCCAAGGUGUGCCAUCGCUUCGCCCUGAGCAAUUCAUGAAGGCCUUGGUCGAUCUCAUGAAGAAGCGAGGUACGCCCAUCACCUCUCUGCCCAAGGUCGGCGGACGCGAGCUUGAUCUGUACCGCUUCUACCAGAUCGUGCAAGCCCAUGGCGGCAGUGAAGGUGCGCAUCAAAAGGGAGCCUGGCCCGCCAUCGCCAUCUCUCUCGAACUUGCUCCGCUCGGCUCGCCUCAGACACAAGCACUCGGUCAAGCGCUGGCGACCGAGUACCGCAACUACCUUGCACCUUUCGAAGAGACAUGGCAGCGUGCUAUGCAGCACCAGUACCAAAUGUCGAUGGCAGGCGCAGCUCUCGGACAAGCCCAGAAUGCUGGUCAGAACAACUCACAAGCUCCAGCAUUCCGACCUCCAUCGACGCCGCAGAUGCAGUCGCAGCAGCCGAAUCAGCUCCAGGGUCAGCAGGCUGGCAUGAUGCCGCCCAACCAGCCGCAGCCGCAGCCGCAGCCUCAGAUGCAGGCGCAGAACGCUCAGCCAGCGGUAGGACCUACCCAGCCAUCCCUCGCAGGCUUCAAUCCACCUCAGCCGCCAACUCUUACAGCCGAGAACCUCGCCAAGCUCGGAAUGACCCAAGAUCAGUUCAACAAGGUCUUCAUGAGCCAACAGCUCAACCACUGGCGACAGGAGCAGCUUCAGAACCAACAGCGACAGAUGAACCCGGCCUUCCAGGCCAACCAGGCUGGCACCAACAACAUGCAGGGACCCGGUUCGAAUGGCAUCCAGCAGCCACCGCAAGCGCAACAGCAACAGCCUCAUCAGCCGUCGCAACAGCAGCCAGGGCAGUCCAGUGCUCAGCAGCCAUUGGCUUGGCCGAACCAGCAGCGCCCCAUCAUGCCUCAAACCUCGGGUGCUCCAUCUUCCCAGACACAGCCCGCCAGCUUUGGUGCCGGCAUGCCAGGACAGCCUCUCAACCCUCAGCAGAUGCAAAACCAGGGCCAGCAGCCAGGUCAGCAGCAGCAACAGCAACAGCAACACCAGUCGCAGAUGCAGAAUCAGCCUUCACAGCAGCAACAGCCGGCAGCACAGACGAACGCAACCGGAUCAGCACAACAGCCAGGUCAGCAAGGUCAAAUGGCCGGUCGUCCCAACAACAUCUCACAGGCUCGCUUCAUCGCCGUCAGUUCAGAGCAGCUGGAGCAAGCACGUGCAGCCAUGGCCAAGAUCGACCAGGAACUGGCAACACAAAGGCCCAGAUUACCAAUCAUUCAGAACAUUGCUGACGACGAAAGGGACCAAAUCUUGGAUCAGGUGCAGAAGCUUGCACCCAUUCAGGCGACCGUUACGGCAUUGUUGCCAGCCUUCUAUGCGAUGAACGGCAAUUUGGAACCAGCCAAGCGUCUCAAGAUCAUGGCGUUCAUGUACAAGGACCAGUACGACCUGCUGCCCAAGAAGCAGUGCAUCCUCCGCUUGGCCGACUUGGACAAGCUCAAGAUGCAGAUGAGCCGGUGUAUCAGCUUUGUGCGUUCCAGCAAUCCAGAGUUGGCACAGCGCAUCGUCACUUUGCUUGGCGAACAGACGCGUGCCGCUCAGCAGAAUGGCGCCGCUCCUGCGCUCGCACCCGCCAACGCCAACCAAGCCCAAGUACUCAACGCAAUGCAAGCGGCGCAAUCCGCCGUCCCUGUGGCACCUGCUCCUCUACCUGCUCCUGCCGAGGCAGCUGGCAACCAGAUACAGGCAUCGGAGCUUGCCCCUGGCAUGAACACCGACGGCACCUUUGAUGCUGCCGCUGCUAUGCACGGUAUCAAGCGAGGCCUUCGACCCGAGAACCUCAAGCUGCCGCCGAACAAACGCGCCAAGAACACUCCUGGAGCCGGCAAGGCAAUGAGUCCUUCUGGCGGGCUCAACGAGUCGCCCAAGGUUGCUCCGUCGCCCGCUCAGCCGGAAGACACACCCACGCCCGCAGGUUCAACGCCAGCUGGCAAAGGUGGCAAGAAGGCGGACAAGACCACCAAGAGUGGAAAAGUGACCGCCAAGAAGGGCAAGGGGGCUGCUGGUACUCCAACCUCGUCCGCUGCUGAGCCUGACAAGAAGUUCAAGACAAGCGCCGACAUCAUGGCCGAAGUGAAGCGAGAGAUGGCCGAAGCCGAACGCAAGCGCCAUGAGGGCGGCGCAGGUGGCGAUGCAUCUGCAACCGCCGCGAGCAACGCAGCAGCGAACGCUAAGGUGGACACUGCCAACAUCAAGGCUGAGCAAGAGGCUGAGGAGAAGCGCAAGAAGGAUCUCGAGCUAGCCGGCAAAGACCCGGCUGGUCUGGUAGAGUCGACAUGGCAAGAGCUGUUGGCCACGGGGAACGCCAACAACGGUCUUCGUGGCCCCAACGGUGUCGCCGCCGACAGUUGGCUGCUUGGCGCUCCCAGUGCUGGACCAUCUGCGCAGAACGGCUCGGAUCCCAAGGCGUUGCAAUCCCUCAUGUCGCUACUUGGUCAGGACUCGAUGCUUUCAGGCAUGCCGGCGAACGGUUUCAACGUGCCAUCGAAAGGUCUCGAUGCAGGUCAAGGCAACGCUGGCAACGGAUCGAGCUUCUUGGAGGGUGCAUUGGACUCGCUGCCCUCGGCAGACGCCGAUACUGGCUUGGACAUCGACCUGUUCGACUUCAUCGAGGCAUCAGCAGCAGGACCCGACGCCUUUAACGACACGGAUGUCGAUCUCAGCGGCGUCUUUGGCUCGGGAGGCUUGAACGCAGCGACGCAGGAGAGCGAACCACCUAUUGAGACCCCAGAGCUGGUUGCAAGUGCUCGACUUCCCGGUGGAAGCUCGAAUGCAUCGACGGCAUCCAACUCGACAUCCAACUCGCUUCGAGCCAAGAUGCCAGGAGCGCUGGCAGGCAACGGGCUGGAUUUUGGCUCUGCCGGACCGUCGAGCACGAGUCCGGCGGAAAUGAGUAGUUGCGAUGAGAUUGAUCUCGACAAGAGCCCGUUCGUUCAUAGAAUGAGACUGGAUCGCAUCGGCUUGACCAUGGCGCCUGCUGCCCCAACAAGCGAGGGAAGCAAGUCGACCAAGGAAGCCAACCAGAGCACGGUCAAGGCUCCGGAGGAAACAGCGAUCAACCAGGUUGAGCUCGGACCUGGUUCGCAGGGCAUCAUCGCAGGCUCGGGUGACGAGUGGUGGGAUCUUGACCACUUUGCUAGCACAAUGGGCGGAGGCUUCGGAUCAGACGCCAAUGCCGACCAGCCCUGGGCGGUUCUAAGCUGA